UUGGUCAUGCGCAGUGAGAAAAUUUCAGUUCGCCAUGUCGUCGAAAUUUGCGAGAUGUAGAUUGUCGGCCCCAACAAAAAAUGCCGAUAUCUGCUUAAAACGGUGAGAAGAGCGCAGGACACACGAACAAGAAUAACCGUUACGGUAUAGAGAACACAAGAGAAGCAACUUUGCCAGGAGAACUGGUCGGUAAACGACCGAAAAUGGCUCUCGAAAGUCUGUUUGAAACGCCCCCAUCUCUCGUGAACAGUAACAAUGAAACACUUACGAUGAGUGCGAAGUCUGUGUUUGAAAGGGAUGAUGACGAUGAUGGUGAUGAUGACGCCGAGGAGGGUGAGAUUCUUGAAGAUGGAGAGCUGCCAGAAUCAGACGGCGAGGGAGGAGAAGAAGAGAUUGCCCCAGACAACCAGGACACCCAGCCUGUAGAGGGCGAUAUUUCCUCCUCCGCAGCGCACCCGGGAUCAGAGGGCGACGUUGACGGGGCCGGAGACCAGGACUACCAGCCCCGGGGUGGAAGUAAGCAGUUCCGAGGUCAGGGGUCGUAUGAGGACAAAGAGGAGGAGCAGGAUGCGGAGCCAGCGGAGCAUCAUCACCGGUCCUCGUCGCAUCGGAAGAAGCGCAAGAAGAAACAUCGGCGGGAGAGAGCCAAGAGGAGGCGGCGGCACCGAUCGGGAAGCGGAGACGAUGAUAACACCCCACCCGGCAGCCCCAAUCCACAAGAAGACUUCCUAGAUCGAAGCUACCCGCCACGACGGAGCCUCUCGCGGUACGACUCGCCGCCGGACUACGACUCGCCCCCCGAGGAAGAGUUUGGCGUUUCCAAGAGAUCCAGAGACCGCUCCCAGGGCUACUUUGUCCCGUCUGACUAUUGGGAAGAGGACGAAGAGGAGGAUGGCGGCGGUGGUGGUGGUGGUGGUGUUGGCGGAAGGAGAAACAAGAACAUGUCUAGGAACUAUGAAGAUGAAGAGGAUGAUGAUGACCGCUACGAUUCGGACGAGGGUGACGACCAGUACCCGGACAUGCUCAGCCAAUCGGAAAACUCCGGCCUCGGGAGGGGCACCGGCCGCUUCAAAAUGCAGACCCAGAGGGGCAGAGGCAAAGGGCGUGGCAGAGGGCGCGGUGCUUCCGGGCGGGGCGGGGGCCACCAUGCCCCCAAAGCCAGUCUGGAGGAUGCAGAGGACAUCAUGGAGGACUUAUCCGGUGCCCCCGCUAGGCUCAGCAGGGGAGGUGGCAGAGGGCGUGGCGCAAGGGGGAAGGGCGGGAAAGGGAGGGGCAAAGGCACGCCCGACCAGGGACAGCUGUCUAAACUCCGCCCCAUCUGCAAGUUCUACCUGGAAGGGAAAUGCUCUAAGGGCACGGCCUGUACCUUUAGUCAUGCCAUUCUUCCCAACAAGAAGAUGGAACAGUGCAAGUUCUACAUCCAGGGACAGUGUCAGAAAGGAGACGAUUGCCUCUACAUACAUGGUGAAAUGCCCUGCAAAUAUUACCACACGGGUGCCGUGUGCUACCAGGGAGAGAAUUGCAAGUUUUCUCACAAAGCACUGAACGAAAACACCAGACUCCUCCUUGGAAAGGUCUUGAAAGGUGGGCUUCAGGACGUGAUGGGUCCGGAGAUCCAACGUCAGCCGCAUCAGACGAGGGGCUUGCUCCCGAUUCCCACAGGACCUCCCCAACUGCCGAACCCGGUGAACCCAUCGGGCAAGAAGAUCCCGUCGAUCUUUGAAAUCAAGACCCAGCUGGUUGGAGAAGACGGCCGAAGAAUCGCUGAACUUGAAGAAAAGAGAGUCAUGGAUCAAUCGCAAAUGUUAAAUUUUUACGGGUCGGCCCCAUCUCGGUUCGAUGAUGCUCAGGAAAUGCCAUUUGAGCAAGACCCUCAAAGUCAAUCCAAGCCUGGCUCAUUCAGCCGGGAAACUGAGCGACAAGGCUUCCAGGGUUCGCCUGACCAAACUGAGGAGCCAAACUUCCAGGACUCUGAAGCAGACUCCCGAAAAUUCCCCCACCAGCAACCCCCACAAAGAGACAAUUCUGUCCUGAGACGACCCCCUCAAGACUCCGAGAGGCAGCAGAAGCCAUCAGUUCUGCACCAACAAGGACAUGAGAGACUCGAAGAAAAGCUACCUGACCAAGUUCAACCAGAUUACUCUGAGCAACAGCAACAGCAGCAGCGGCAGCGAGCUCAACUGCCGCAGCAGUUCAAGAGGUUGAACCAGAAUCCUCAAGUAUCCCCACAACAUCCGCAACAAUCGCCGCAGCAUUCACAAGGCUCACCUAAACGUCUCCAGUUGCACACGUACCAGCAGAGAUCAGCUGAACCCUCUCUCCAUCCUCUGAGGCCAGUCGCUGACCAUUCGGAUGAAUAUGACCAUGGCGAUAUUGACAUGCGGAUACAAAGGACCAAGCACAAUUCCGAGACGGAAGGACUGAUCAUUGAUGAUCCUGUAAUAUCGACCGAGAGCAGCGAGAGCCAAGAAGGAGGAGGAUUGCAGGAUAUCGACGAAAGAUUCCCCAAGAAAGAGGAAAACCUUGAAGAGGGAGAGGAUUCGAGUGUAUUUCCCGCAAAUAUCACAGCAGAACCAGUAACAGAAGAAAAGAAGCCGAAUAUUGCAAGCGUGACCCAGAACAUGCCUGCCAAGCAGAGGGCGCUGUUCAUGCGAAUACAGCAGAAACAGGCAGAGUCUUCCGAGGAAGGCGAGGAGGAAGACCGAAAGAAAGAUGAUGUUAAGAAGGGGGAGGACAGCAGCACGGACAAAGACGCCUCUCGUGAUGAUGAUAACUGGUACUCCAGUGAUGAUGAAGAGGGAGGUGGAGAUUCAUCCACUUCCCUCGCCAGUGCGAUCAAGAAUGUCGGGAAGAAAAGCGACUCUCAAUCCACGACAGACAUUCCAGAGAAGUCCCAGGCUUCAGCGUCUACCCCGUCAUCGCAACCACUUCCAGGCCAGCUUCUGCCAAACGCCCUUGCCAGCUUGUUCUCCGCGAAGGCGCCCACGGUCGGGCAGCCUUCUGACCCCAGUGUGCUCGCCCAGCAGAAUGCUCUCAGCAGCAUCCUGGGCUUGGUUGGCAAAAGUGCCCCACCCACCCAGCCCACCCAGCCCAAGCUUCCGAAUCUUCUCAUCACCGUGAAGCAAGCUCCAGAACAACCCGUGUUUCCAAAUGCAGGCGGCGACAGCUUAGCACUGUCCAGAAAAGUGGCCGAGUUUGUCUUGCUGGAGGUCACCCACAAUGACAAACUCAAGGAUCCACGAGCGGACAGAGAGAAGAAAGACAAGUCUGAUCUGAGGCUUCGGAAGCUCCUUUGGAAAGAUAACGAGUACACGAUAAAUGAUACAGAGCGCCGGCCGACACUGGCACCAAUUGAGCUUCUGACACCCACUGAACUAAAAUCACAUCCAGAUUUUUCUGGCACUCAGACUACUGCAGCUGUUACACCUCCUGUGCAAGUCCAAGCUGAUCCCAGAUCUGUCAGACCCGCAGACCCAAGAAUUCAGAGAACUCGGGACCCAAGAACUCAAAGCAGUGAAAAUAAUCAAGGGACUAGUAAUGAACCCGCUGUUCAACAACCCAGAGAUCCAAGAUUGGCCAACCGUGAUCCUAGACUUAAUGCAGGUGCAGCAGCAAACCAAAAUCAAGAACAAGAGAAUGUUGAAAAGCCAAGACAAGGGGGGCUUCUUCCGACCCCCAAGGUUGGGAUGCAGCCUCCUGGCAUGAUGGGUUUCCCUCCAGGAGGUCCGUUUGGUCCGCAGGGUCCGCCUCCCCCAGGAAUGCCUCCUCCAAAUCCGAAUUUCCCACCUUUUCCCAAUGGGAGGUUUCCCGUGCGAUUCCCUCCCGGUGGCGGCCCACCAGGCAACAUGAAUCAAGGACCGAGGUUCCCACCACGUGGACCUCCCGGCCAUCCCAUGAGGAACCCGAGACCCAGAUUCCCGCCUCCACAGGGUAUGCCCUUCAGAGGACCAAGGUUUGGUGAUGGCCCAAACCGGAUGCCAAUGCCAAUGCCAAACAGGCCUCCGGGGCCAAACAGGGGCCCGCCACUAAAUAUGGGACCUCCACAGUUUGGGGGUCCUGGACCAAAUAUUGGACCCCAUAUGAGAGGACCUCUGAUGAGGGGACCACCACCAAUGAGAGGACCGCCACCGAGAGGCCAAGGUCCAAUGAGAGGUCCAGCCCCUAUCAGGGGGCAGGGACCUUCAAGUAAUCCUCCAAAUGAAGAAUCAUCUACACAUGGACCUCAAUUUAACAAGAACACCCCAUUCACCCAACAGCAGGACUCAGAUUCCGGGAAUGCAGGUGGAGGUGAUGCCUCAUCAUCUCAGGCACCCACACAGUUGGGAAGUUCACCCAGACAAGAGACUUUACCUAAAACUGAACCAGCUGAAGCAAAACAAGCAUCUACGAGAACAUCUGACCCGAGAUUAGCAAGGCAAUUGAGCCUGCCCAAAGUCAGCGAUCACAAAAUUCAAACAGAAGGGAGCCCUCUGAUUCGUCAGAACUCGGCACCAGCCACUUCUCCCCGUCCUGAAGAUAAAGAGAGUAAGCAUUUUCCGAGAGACGAUUCAACCCCAACUAGUCCACCAGCUCCAACGAAACAAGCCAGCAACCCCAAGGAGCCCCCUCUGAUUUUGCGGAUCAAAUUACGGGGGGAGAACGACAAACCAGAAAUCACCAGUUCGGUGUCCGACUCGGGCUCAGACUCUGAUUUACCCGCAAGGCGAUCCAGAAGGACCAAGGGUAGCGGAAGCGAUUCUGACCACGUCGGGGGGUUGCCGGAAUCUCGCAAGAGGCCUGCCGAUCGGAAAGGUGGCCUCUCUGGAUUUUCCAUUCCAAAAAUUCCCAAGAAGUCAGCAGACAAGUCGGAAGCCGACUCCUCAUCCGAGGAUGGUAGCAAGUCCACAGCCUCAGGUGGUUCAAUGGAACAUCGGCAGGUCCCAUCAGCACACCAUCGCCUGCCGCAAGUCACUAGUUCAUUUAAUCAAAGCGCAGCCCGUCCUGCUCCAAAUCCCAGCCAGGGCCCUCCAGUCGUUAGGACAAGCAAAAGUGAGAGUGCCCCAGCAGGAAAUGCGACCAAAGUAGAGCCGGAAUCGACGGACCCUUCCAAGCAGGGGAGUCUCCCUCUCGAUGACAUCUCCCUCAAGGACAUGUUUAACAUCAAAGAUCCCACGGCCUCACCUUUUUGCUAAAACGUCAAAUUUUUAUUUUUAGAGUACAAGUUCUUGUCUUAUGUUAUCGCUUUGUCAUACGUCACGUGUUAUUUUUUUUAACAAGUGUGAUCUUAGAAAUGGCAAAAUAGUGGCCAAUUCAUUACUGGAAAAAAAGAUAUUUCUCAACUGUUAUCACAAGGAAAAUUUAAAGUUUCAACACAAAUGUAAACGAUUUCAACAUUCGUGCAAGCGGUUUUCAUUGAAAAUUUAACCUAGCCCCAUUGAAUAAAGGGGUUCAUAGUCGAAGCAAUACAUGCUGCCGUCGUUGAGGAUUCUUUUUUCGUUUAGUUGAAUUCAUUAAAAUGAAAAUACUUCAGAAAUGGCUGCACUGCAAAGGGUCUAUUAAAAAAAAAUCCAAAAAUCUAGGGUUUAGGGUUUUCAAAAUUGGGAUUCAGCCUUUUUUUUAAUCCGUGCAUGUACAAAUUUCAAUGUCACAUUUAAGAAAGAUGUAUUUUACUUUGCAAGUUUUAACGAUCUGCUCCUAAAAGGAGGUAAAAGAAGUUGAAGCAUCGCCACUUUCUGCUCGCGAAGGCAUUCUAUAUUGUCUCAAGAUAUCAAUACUCGUCCAUGUGUUUUACGUCUGUGAAUUGAAAGUGUAUGUACUUAAUGAUAAUAAAAGAGUAUUAUUGUAAUUAUGUGAGAA